CGCGGCCAUGCCCAGACUGUAGCGUAGACCCCCACUUCAGCCUCGCUAUAGCUCCAGCCACAGAAUUUUAGAUUCAACGUCUGCAUUACACCAUCGCCAACUGCUUUCGAAGUUUUCGAUCCACACCAUCGCGAUACCUCGAGUCGAGAUCCCUUGCUCACAUCCCGGUUCUGUUCCAGAAGCCAACCGCCAUGUUACUGAGAGGCCACAAUGCUCUGAGAAGCUCCAGAGCACUCUUCAGACCGCCGAGCCUUGUGCGUUGCUUCUUCAAUAAGUCAGAUACCUCGAACAUAAGAAUACCACAGCCGAAGAAGGCAAAGGAAAGGCGAGCCACAAGGCCCUGGCCAAGUGGUCGAACGGGGCCAGGACGCUCAGCAGCACGUCCGAUUCACAGAAGGGAUCCUGGUACCACGUAUACCACGGUUAAAAUUCCGAAUAACUCCACAGCAUAUAUAAGAUGGCCGACCCUCAAGAACUUCAGAUCAGCGCUGCAACCACGAGCAUAUAAAACUAUCAGUAUUGGCGGCGAUGAAACAGUCGAUCACUAUAAGGAGCUAGCGUGUUUUCCUUACUUAUAUAACGAUCUCGGCGUUAUGAUCUUUGAAGGCCCGGACAAGAACCAGGUUCAGAUCAUGGGAAAUAUUAUUCGAAGCGUCGAACGUGAAGAAGGUAGGCUGCAGGAUAUAGAUUGGGCCACGGGCAAUACCUACACGGUGAGGUAUAACAAAUGGAACGUGUAUCGUAUAAAAUUAGAUCCAAAAAAACACGUUGAGGCAGCUUCUUUGACUGAUAAACUAAAAGGCAGCAUAACCCCCACGGGACUGCAUGACCUUACCAAUAUUGCAUUUGAGAAAUGGAAAGCGGAUGGGGUUGGAGGACCUGUCCCUGUUGAAAUUGUGCCUGGCUCUAAGAAGAUGUACAUUCUGAACCACAGUCAAGGCCCAGGGCUAAUGAAUGAGACCAUCAGUGGGUUGUAUCUGCCUCAACUGCAUGUCUACGUUGCGACUGGGAUUCGGGGAGGCACAAUCUACAUGAGCAUCGAGUUCCAUACUGUCGGCACAAGGCGCUUCGUCGGCGUCACAUACCUCAGACUCAGACCGACGAACCAAAACCCUGCCACUGCCGAGGAGAAGAUAAUAGGCGGUAGGCAAGCAGAUCACUAUUCCGAAAAGCGAUAUUUCGGACACAAAGUGGUAAAUAACCCUUCACCACCCCCGGCCAGAGACAUAGGAAGUAUACAGACCUUUUACGACAAGGUAGCACCAAGUAAUACAAGCCGAAGCAGUAGCAUCUCCAGGGCAGCGAUGGGCAAGCUAUUCAAGCUAGAGCAGAAACUCUGGUCGAGGAGGAAGAAGGCUAUCAAGAAGGAGAAGGAGAGGGAGUUGCGUGGGAUGAGUAUUGAGGGGUGA